UUUGCAGCUCUGAUACUCUAGAGAGCAAGAAGCUCCAGCUUACAUGUGUACAGAGCUUUGUUUAUAUUGGUUACUCAAUGUAUAAUUUUAAAAAUAUCUGAUGAUCUUAUACUAUUGAAACAGCAGAGAAUAGAGAGGAUAGUCAAUGCUAAGGUUUCUGUGAAUCGGCAGUGCCCCGGAAAGUGUUUCCUUUCUUGAAACUCCAGGGAAGUCUUGGAACACAAAGAACUUCAAGAGGGAGCCUAGCCAAACAGAGAUUUUUGAACUUUGGUAGGCUUGCUGAAGACUUUUAGCACAAACACAUAUCAAAGUGUGUGUGUUUUAAAAGCAUCAUUUUCAUAACUAAGAAAUAUCAAGAUUUAAAUCAUAAAUACUUUAGAAUACUCAGAAGAGCAACAUGGGAGAAACUGAGAAAAUUGAAACCCAUAGAACGAGAUGUAUUUCCAAGUUUAAGAUAUUUCUGCUAGCAAUAAUACUUGCAUUUGUAUCCAAAACACUGUCUGGAUCUUAUAUAAAUUCUAUGCUCACACAAAUAGAAAGACAGUUCAACAUCCCGACAUCACUAGUUGGAUUGAUUAGUGGGAGCUUUGAGAUUGGAAACCUUUUUUUGAUUAUAUUUGUGAGUUAUUUUGGAACCAAGUUGCAUAGACCUAUAAUGAUUGGUGUUGGAUGUGUGGUUAUGGGCAUAGGGUGUUUCUUACAAUCUCUACCUCAUUUCCUCAUGGACCGAUAUGAAUAUGAAUCUAUCAUUUUGGGCAAUUCAUCCUCAAACGGUUUCUUGUGUAAGGAAAAUGAAACCCAGAUUUUCAGACCAACAGAAGAUCCAUCAGACUAUGUGAAGAAAGUUAAGUCAUUAAUGUGGGUGUAUGUACUAGUAGGAAAUAUAAUACGUGGAAUUGGUGAAACUCCCAUCAUGCCUUUGGGUAUUUCCUACAUAGAAGAUUUUGCUAAAUCUGAAAAUUCUCCUUUAUAUAUUGGGUUUGUAGAAACAGGAGCUAUCAUUGGUCCUUUGUUUGGACUUCUGUUAGCAUCAUUCUGUGCAAAUGUUUAUGUUGACAUUGGAUUUGUAAACACAGAUGAUCUGACCAUAACUCCCACUGAUAUUCGUUGGGUUGGUGCAUGGUGGUUUGGCCUUUUGAUAUGUGCAGGAGUGAAUGUGCUCACUGCCAUUCCUUUUUUCUUUUUGCCCAAAACACUUACAAAGGAAGGACAAAAGGAUAAUGCCGACAUUAAAAAUGACAAAGAAGAGAAACAAAUAGAAGAGGUCAAGAAGAAAAAUGAUGGAAUCAUUAAAGAUUUUUUACCGUUCAUGAAAAGUCUUUUUUCCAACCGAGUUUACAUGCUUUUCAUACUAGUAAGUGUGAUACAAUUUAAUGCAUUUGUUAAUAUGCUACUCUUCAUGCCUAAAUAUCUGGAACAGCAAUAUGGAAAAUCAACUUCAGACGCAGUCUUUCUAAUUGGUGUUUACAACUUACCUCCCAUAUGCAUUGGAUAUAUAGUUGGUGGUUUAAUUAUGCAGAAGUUCAAGAUUACUGUCAAACAAGCUGCCCACAUAGGAUUUUGGUUAUCUUUAAUUGAAUUUCUUAUAUAUUUUUUGCGUUUUCUUAUGAUCUGUGAUAAUUCUUCAGUGGCUGGCAUAACAACUUCUUAUGAAGGAACAGCACAAGAUUUAUAUGCUGGAAAUGCUAUCCUCGCUGACUGCAACAUGGAUUGUAACUGUCCAACUAAAAUAUGGGACCCAGUGUGUGGAAGCAAUAGUUUGUCAUAUAUGUCAGCUUGCCUUGCUGGUUGUGAGACAUUCGUUGGAACAGGAAUAAACAUGGUAUUCCAAAAUUGUAGCUGUAUUCAAACAUCAGGAAAUUCAUCUGCAGUUCUUGGGCUGUGUGGCAAAGGACAGGACUGUUCCAUGAUGCUCCAGUACUUUUUAAUCUUGUCGGUGAUCAGCAGUUUCAUUUAUUCUUUAUCUGCCAUACCUGGAUAUAUGGUUCUCCUGAGGUGUAUCAAGCCUGAAGAGAAGUCUCUUGGUAUAGGAUUACAUGCAUUUUCCACAAGAGCAUUUGCUGGAAUUCCUGCACCUAUAUAUUUUGGUGCUUUAAUGGACUCCACAUGUUUAUACUGGGCAACUUUGAAAUCUGGUGAGUCAGGGGCAUGCAGGAUAUAUGAUUCCACCAACUUCAGAUACAUCUACCUUGGACUGCCAAUAGCCCUAAGAGGAUUAGGCUUUAUCCCAGCUCUUUUUAUCCUAAUUAUUUUGAGGAAAUAUCGUCUACCUGGUAAAAAUGCCUCUUCAGGAACUGUAGAGGCAAGAGUUAUAAGGAAGGAAAAUGAGUGCCAAGAAAUGGACCAAAUUUCCAAAGUUUUGAAUAAUGAUGAAUUGAAAACUAAACUGUAAUGUUCUAUUAUAUCAUGCUUCCCAGAGUUGGAGAACACACUACAAUUUAAUUGUUUUAAAAUCAAUAGAGGUACUGCACAUAACUUUUUCUUGUCUUUAAGAAUCUCAAAAAUAUAUAUAUAUUUUUUACUUAAGAUGAAAAAAAGUUCACUGAUGGUAUUUCUGAGACAUCGAUGGCAUUAGAAGUUUUCCUCAGAGGGACAUUUAUAACAGCCCUCAAAACAGGAUAUCAGAGCCAAAUUUAUUUUUAUGUUAAAAUGAUAAUUUCUCUUAUACAUACCAUAAGAGUAUAUUUCCCACUUCUCCUUUUCCAAAUGAUUCUAAAAAUUUCCUCCUGUGAAAUUUUUAUUUAAUUUCUAUUUAAUUCCAUUGAAUUUCUGCUUUGAUAUUGGUGUUAUUCAGAGACAGAAAUUUUCAUCUUGCUUACGUAAAUAUUUAAGUAUUAUAUUCAAAUUUAUUACUUCCAAGUUAAAGAAGUCUGUGUGUUUUUAUUUGAUUUAGAAAUUGUUCUUUAACUUUUCCUAUUCAUUUCAGACAUGACUCUUUCAAAAUAGAUUACUCAUCACUUGCUUCCAAUUCAUUCCCCGCUUUAUUACUCAUGCUAUAUAUUUCCUCAUUUUGUUCAGAAUACUGACAAACUUAAUCAGGUUAUUAAAAAUCAUGUAAUAAAGAUUGUUAGAAUUUUUUUUCAGCAAUUCAAACCUAGUGACUAAACUCUCUCUUAAAAACAAGAGUCUGAGCCAAAGGAUAAAAGGGUGAUAUUAGAAAAACAUUAGUCCUUAAAGGCUACUUGUAGUGAAGAUAUUGUCAAAGGAACACUUUCCCAGAUUCAGGAGGCUUUCUUAGAUCAAUGUUUAUGCCACGCACAGUGUCCUAAGUUAAAACACAAGCACUAAUUCCAUAAACCAUCUUAAAGAAUGAAGCUUUUAAGAAGCAGCUUUUUAAAAACUGA